AAAUGAAAUCUCAAUUGAGGAAAGAUCAAUAUGCUGGCAAAAUCUGUUGCCCCACAAAAUUCCUAUGAUAUAUCAAAAAUUUAUCUUGUUUCAAGUCGGAUUUAUUGUCUUCAGCUUGCGGGGGAAUGCAAACCAAGUUCAAGAAAUUGCGGAUUUUCAUAUUCGUUUGCUGCUAAACCUAAAAAAAGUGGAAUAUUCUUGUUAAAGGCACAUGCUGCUGCUGCUGAAACUAAUCAGCCGGAAUGGUGGGAAAAGAAUGCUGGCCCGAAUAUGAUUGACAUUAAAUCCACACAAGAAUUUGUAGACGCAUUGAGUCAGGCUGGAGAUAGAUUGGUCAUUGUCGAAUUCUUUGGUGCGUGGUGUGCUUCUUGUCGAGCUCUAUUUCCCAAAAUCUGCAGGUUUGCCGAGCAACACCCAGAAAUCAUUUUCCUUAAGGUGAACUUCGAUGAGAACAAGCCCCUCUGCAAAAGCCUAAACAUAAAGGUUCUUCCGUAUUUCCACUUCUACAAGGGAGCUGAUGGCUUGGUUGACUCGUUCUCAUGCUCUCUUGCCAAGCUCCAGAAACUGAAGGAUGCCAUCGCGACUCAUAACAAAGCUCGUCAUAGCAAUAGCACCCCGGAUUCUAAUGGUGGCGUUGGUGAUAGCGUGGAUGUAUCUGCAUCUCACGAUGACAUUCAAUUGUGACCCGAAUUCGAGUUUGUAGCUUUCUAAUUUUUCCAAUCUGUGCAACUUUGUACAUAGAUAGAUAGCUCUUUGUAAAAGUAACUGAAUAUAUGCUUUGCCCAUCCAAAUUUCCAGUCUAUUUGGUUAUAAUCUGAUUGUUUCUUA